AUGUCUGGCCCGCCGUCCCGGCCGACCCCGCCGUCCAAGCCACAUUCGGUCAUCCAUGAGGGCGUCACCAUCUCCGGAGUACGCGUGGGGUCGGUGCUGCAAGGGACGCGCAGCCAGGACCGCUGGCUCACGCCGGGACGCCCUUGCCUGGGCGGCCACAUGUCGCCGGGCGGAGUGUUCGCGCUCAGCGCCUCGACCAGCCGGAGCAGCGGCAGCAGCGCGGCCGUCCACAGGACCCGCGGGGGCCGCAGCGACCUGGCCGCCCAGGACAAAAUUGACGCCGCGGGAAGCCGUUCUCCGCCGUCCCGCGAACGCAGUGGUGGCAAAAUUCAAGCCUGGCGCAGCUUCAGCGCCGGCUCCUGCAACGCCUGCUCGGGCGCUCACGUGCGCGCCAGCAGGCGCGUCGUCAACGACGGCAGUGAGUUCCAGUUCUCCCUAGCGAGCAAUAAAAGCCACGCUGGCUCCGACAGAUCGGUGCUCUCUUCCGCGUUUGAACCAGACGACGUUAGCAUGCCGAGGCGCCAGGGCUCAACGCUGUCGGUUCACCUGAGGGCACCCAGUUCACCCGCCGGCUCCGUGGAGUACGCCUGCACCGUCUCGCCUCCGAUCAGCGCAAACGUAUUGCCGGGCGCGCCGCUCAGGAGGCCCGUCCUGGAAACGAGGGUGAGCGCCAGGGUUGUCACAACCACUGUAGAGAUGAUGCCGCCAGCACAUGCCAGAGCGGUUACGCCACGAAGGUCCAGCAUCCCGACGGGGGCGUCCAGCGAAGUGCUCAAGACGGAUAAGCGAGAGGGCCAAGGUCGUCGCUCCGUAACCUUCACGGAUGGCUCCUCAGCGGCGACGACGCCGAAAGCUAGCGUACGCGACACCGCCGCAGCCGCCAUUCCGGAGUCGAAAUAUGAGCAGCCUCACGAUGCUAGAGGACUAGCAGAGCCGAAGGCAGUCCAGCCGCAGCAUUCGGAGCCUCGGCUUGGACCCCCAGUGGUCGAUGCCCUGCAGACAGUGUCCGAGCCAUCAACAGGGGCACUUCUGAAACCAUCAUCCGAGCCCUCCGAUCUGACCAGCGUACGCGAAAGCGUCGCUGUCGCCAUUCCGGAGCCGAAAUCUGAGCAGCCUCACGAUGAUAGUGGACUAGCGGAACCGAAGAUUGUUCAGCCUCAGCAUUCGGAAACUCUGCUUGGACCCCCAGUGGCCGAUGCCAAGGAGCCAGUGCGCGAAUCGUCAACAGAGGUAGUGCUUAAACCAGCGUCCGAGCUCUCCGAUUUGAGUGAAGGCACAGAACUGCCCAAAGAGCAAUUAACCGAGGGUGAAGGCUCUACCACCGCGUCGAAGCAUCGCCGGGAGCUCUCGUCGGGGCAUACACCGUCAAUGGCACUGGUGUUACAAGACGAGUCCGAGGAAGACGCCACUCAACGUGCUGCAAGGCCUCAGCCGCCUCCGGCAGAAGUUUCCGUUACGAAAGAAGAGCCGAAUGCUCAAGCACCAGCGGAGGAGAAUCGUGCUCCCGCUCCUGCAGUUAGAAUUGGUCAGCUCGACUCCGAGCCGGAAUAUCAGCCGAGAGACUUCCUCAGCGAGCAUGAUCAAGUUAAAACUGAAGCUACAGACAUGGUCGUUAUCUCACCUGUAGUCUCAACAGACCAUCUCCAAAGUGAGCAAGAAGAACGGAAGAAGCUUGACGCAUCAGCACUUGUGGAAAUUUGCAAGGCAGAUAGAUUCAUUAGCGCCGCGCAGGACGAAGAUUCUCAAAAGUCUCCGCUUUACGCAGGACCACUUUUCGGACCUGAAGAAGAAAUCACCGCAGAAGCUACAAAUAAAGCUCUUAGCGGAACGACUUUCGCAGAGACAUCACCAAGUCACCAACAUCUAAAGUUCGAAGAAGAAAAAAAAGCCGCGAAAGGAGUCGAACCGAAACCAUCAGACAUUCAAACAUCAAUGGAAAGUUCAGCUUACCCAGAAAAGCUAGAGAAUGAAGAUGUGGCUAUAUCUCGGGAGACUCGAGCCUUGGUGGAAGUAGGUCAAUCUCAAGUAGAAGCCAAAGCAGCUGGGGAAGUUCAAGCACGCAGUGAUGACGCAGCACCAGCAUCCGAAAGCACACUUCAGGUGGAAACUAAAUCUCCUAGUGAGACUACUGCAACAGAAGAAAGAGGUGACCUGGAAGCCAAGGCACGUAUUCAGCCACCUGAAAUUACGGAUCGGCUUUCUCCAAGUUCGACGGCAGAGCUAUUCGAAGGGAACAGCGCGAUUACGGAGCAUGCCAUGCUUCAAGAAGCCAAAGCAUCAACAGAAGGGCCAGUUGCCACACUUUCUCUCUUGGUAGAGGAAUCUGAAGAAACCAAAGCUUUAGUUGAAGUAGCGGAACCCCAUAAAGAAGCCAAAGCGCCUGAGGAAAUUCAAGCACACACUGAAAAGGCAGCUCCAGCAGCCGAAAUUGCCCCUCAGGUUGAAACUAAAGCUGCUGUUGAGCCUACUCCUAUAGAAGAAAGAGUAGAGCCCAAAGCCGAUAUUCAGCUGUCUGAAAUUGUGGAUAAGCUUGACCUUCACCCAAUGAUGACGGGAGGCCAACUUCAAGAAGACAGCAUGAUUACGGAACUUGCCAAGCCUGAAGAAGCCAAAGCAUCAACAGAAAUGCCAGUUGCUGAACCUUGUCCCGUAACCGAAAUAUCUGAAACCAAAGCUUUAGAUGAAGUAGCGGAACCCCAUGUAGAAGCUAAAGAGGCUGAGGAAAUUCAAGCAGCUCAAGCACCAGAAACUGCAGCUCAGGUCGAAACUAAACCUGCUGUUGAGGUUCCCGCUGCAGAAGAAAAAGGGGAGCCAGAAGCUCAAGCCGAUAUUGUGCCACCUGAAAUUGUGCAUAAGCUUCCCCUUCACCCAAUGGUGACGGGAGGCCUACUUGAAGAAGACACCACGAUUACGGAACAUGGCAGGCCUGAAGAAGCGACGGCAUCAACAGAAAUGCCAGCUCCCGCACCAUGUUCCGAAGCCGAGCUAACUGAAGCCAAAGCUUUAGCGGAAGCAGCGGAACCUGAAGCCGAAGCCAAAACGGCAGAAGAAAUUUCAGCACAUAUUCAAGAAGCAGCUCCUGCAGCUGAAACUUCAGCUAAGAUCGAAACUACACCUGUUGUGGCGGUUACUGCUGCAGAAGAAAGAGAGGAGCCAGAAGCGAAAGCAGAUAUUCAGCAGUUUGAAAUUGUGGAUCAGCCUACCCUUUCCCCAGUGGUGUCGGGAGGCCUUCUUGAAGAAGACACCACGAUUACGGAACAUGCCAAGCCUGAAGAAGCCAAAGCAUCAGAAAUAACAACUGCCGCACCUUGUCGCGUAGACGACAUAUCUGCGGAGACCAAAGCUUUAGUUGAAGUAGUGGAGCCUGAAGCACAAGCCAAAACUGAGGAAAAGCAAGCACACACUGAAGAAGCAGCACCUGCAACCGAAACUGCAGCUCAGGUCGAAACUAAACCUGCUGUUGAGGUUACUGCUCCGGAAGAAAGAGGGGAGCCAGAAGCAAAAGCAGAUAUUCAGGCGCCUGAAAUUGUGGAUAAGCUUGCCCUUCACCCAAUGGUGUCAGGAAGCCUACUUGAACAAGACACCACGAUUACGGAACAUGCCAAGCCUGAAGAAGCCAAAGCGGCAGAAAUUACAGUUGCAGCACCGUGUCCCGUAGCCGAGAUAUCUGAGACCAAAGCUAUAGUUGAAGUAUCGGAGCCUCAAACAGAACCCAAAGUGCCUGAGGAAAUUCAAGCACACACUGAAGAAGCAGCUCCAGAAGCCCAAAUUGCACCUCAGGUCGAAACUAAACCUGCUGUUGAGCCUACUCCUAUAGAAGAAAGAGUAGAGCCCAAAGCCGAUAUUCAGCCAUCUGAAAUUGUGGAUAACCUUGACCUUCACCCAAUGGUGACGGGAGGCCAACUUCAAGAAGACAGCACGAUAACGGAACUUGUCAAGCCUGAAGAAGCCAAAGCAUCAACAGAAAUGCCAGUUGCUGUACCUUGUCCCGUAACCGAGCUAUCUGAGACCAAAGCUUUAGAUGAAGUAGCGGAACCACAUGGAGAAGCCAAAGUGGCUGAGGAAAUUCAAGCAGCUCAAGCACCCGACACUGUAGCUCAAGCACCCGACACUGCACCUCAGGUCGCAACUAAGCCUGCUGUUGAGGUUCCCGCUGCAGAAGAUAAAGGGGAGCCAGAAGCUCAAGCCGAUAUUGUGCCACCUGAAAUUGUGGAUAAGCUUCCCCUUCACCCUAUGGUGACGGGAGGCCUACAUGAAGAAGACACCGCGAUUACGGAACAUGGCAGGCCUGAAGAAGCCACGGUAUCAACAGAAAUGCCAGCUCCCGCACCUUAUUCCGAAGCAGAGAUAACUGAAACCAAAGCUUUAGGUGAAGCAGCGAAACCCGAAGCAGAAGCCAAAACGGCAGAUGAAAUUCCAGCACACAUUGAAGAAGGAGCUCCUGCAGCCGAAACUGCAGCUAAGAUCGAAACUACACCUGUUGUGGAGGUUACUGCUGCAGAAGAAAGAGGGGAGCCAGAAGCGAAAGUAGAUAUUCAGCCUUUUGACAUUGUGGUUCAGCUUGCCCUUUCCCCAAUGGUGUCGGGAGGCCUACUUGAAGAAGACACCACGAUUACGGAACAUGCCAAGCCUGAAGAAGCCAAAGCAUCAGAAAUAACAACUGCCGCACCUUGUCCCGUAGCCGACAUAUCUGCGGACACCAAAGCUUUAGUUGAAGUAGCGGAGCAUCAAGCAAAAGCCAAAACAACUGAGGAAAAGCAAGCACACACUGAAGAAGCAGCACCUGCAACCGAAACUGCAGCUCAGGUCGAAACUAAAUCUGCUCUUGAGGUUACUGCUCCGGAAGAAAUAGGGGAGCCAGAAGCAAAAGCAGAUAUUCAGGUGCCUGAAAUUGUGGAUAAGCUUGCGCUUCACCCAAUGGUGUCGGGAAGCCUACUUGAACAAGACACCACGAUUACGGAACAUGCCAAGCCUGAAGAAGCCCAAGCGGCAGAAUUUACAGUUGCAGCACCUUGUCCCGUAGCCGAGAUAUCUGAGACUAAAGCUAUAGUUGAAGUAUCGGAGCCUCAAACAGAACCCAAAGUGCCUGAGGAAAUUCAAGGACACACUGAAGAAGCAGCUCCAGCAGCCGAAAUUGCACCUCAGGUCGAAACUAAACCUGCUGUUGAGCCUACUCCUAUAGAAGAAAGAGUAGAGCCCAAAGCCGAUAUUCAGCCAUCUGAAAUUGUGGAUAAGCUCGACCUUCACCCAAUGGUGACGGGAGGCCAGCUUCAAGAAGACAGCACGAUAACGGAACUUGCCAAGCCUGAAGAAGCCAAAGCAUCAACAGAAAUGCCAGUUGCUGCACCUUGUCCCGUAACCGAGAUAUCUGAGACCAAAGCUUUAGAUGAAGUAGCGGAACCCCAUGGAGAAGCCAAAGUGGCAGAGGAAAUUCAAGCAGCUCAAGCACCCGAAACUGCAGCUCAGGUCGAAAUUAAACCUGAUGUUGAGGUUCCCCCUGCAGAAGAAAAAGGGGAGCCAGAAGCUCAAGCCGAUAUUGUGCCACCUGAAAUUCUGGAUAAGCUUCCCCUUCACCCUAUGGUGACGGGAGGCCUACUUGAAGAAGACACCACGAUUACGGAACAUGGCAGGCCUGAAGAAGCCACGGUAUCAACAGAGAUGCCCGCUCCAGCACCUUAUUACGAAGCAGAGAUAACUGAAACCAAAGCUUUAGGUGAAGCAGCGAAACCCGAAGCAGAAGCCAAAUCGGCAGAUGAAAUUCCAGCACACAUUGAAGAAGGAGCUCCUGCAGCCGAAACUGCAGCUAAGAUCGAAACUACACCUGUUGUGGAGGUUACUGCUGCAGAAGAAAGAGGGGAGCCAGAAGCGAAAGUAGAUAUUCAGCCUUUUGACAUUGUGGUUCAGCUUGCCCUUUCCCCAAUGGUGUCGGGAGGCCUACUUGAAGAAGACACCACGAUUACGGAACAUACCAAGCCUGAAGAAGCCAAAGCAUCAGAAAUAACAACUGCCGCACCUUGUCCCGUAGCCGACAUAUCUGCGGACACCAAAGCUUUAGUUGAAGUAGCGGAGCAUCAAGCAGAAGCCAAAACAACUGAGGAAAAGCAAGCACACACUGAAGAAGCAGCACCUGCAACCGAAACUGCAGCUCAGGUCGAAACUAAAUCUGCUCUUGAGGUUACUGCUCCGGAAGAAAUAGGGGAGCCAGAAGCAGAUAUUCAGGUGCCUGAAAUUGUGGAUAAGCUUGCGCUUCACCCAAUGGUGUCGGGAAGCCUACUUGAACAAGACACCACGAUUACGGAACAUGCCAAGCCUGAAGAAGCCCAAGCGGCAGAAUUUACAGUUGCAGCACCUUGUCCCGUAGCCGAGAUAUCUGAGACUAAAGCUAUAGUUGAAGUAUCGGAGCCCCAAACAGAGCCCAAAGUGCCUGAGGAAAUUCAAGGACACACUGAAGAAGCAGCUCCAGCAGCCGAAAUUGCACCUCAGGUCGAAACUAAACCUGCUGUUGAGCCUACUCCUAUAGAAGAAAGAGUAGAGCCCAAAGCCGAUAUUCAGCCAUCUGAAAUUGUGGAUAAGCUCGACCUUCACCCAAUGGUGACGGGAGGCCAGCUUCAAGAAGACAGCACGAUAACGGAACUUGCCAAGCCUGAAGAAGCCAAAGCAUCAACAGAAAUGCCAGUUGCUGCACCUUGUCCCGUAACCGAGAUAUCUGAGACCAAAGCUUUAGAUGAAGUAGCGGAACCCCAUGGAGAAGCCAAAGUGGCAGAGGAAAUUCAAGCAACUCAAGCACCCGAAACUGCAGCUCAGGUCGAAAUUAAACCUGAUGUUGAGGUUCCCCCUGCAGAAGAAAAAGGGGAGGCAGAAGCUCAAGCCGAUAUUGUGCCACCUGAAAUUCUGGAUAAGCUUCCCCUUCACCCUAUGGUGACGGGAGGCCUACUUGAAGAAGACACCACGAUUACGGAAUAUGGCAGGCCUGAAGAAGCCACGGUAUCAACAGAGAUGCCAGCUCCAGCACCUUAUUCCGAAGCACAGAUAACUGAAACCAAAGCUUUAGGUGAAGCAGCGAAACCCGAAGCAGAAGCCAAAACGGCAGAUGAAAUUCCAGCACAUAUUGAAGAAGGAGCUCCUGCAGCCGAAACUGCAGCUAAGAUCGAAACUACACCUGUUGUGGAGGUUACUGCUGCAGAAGAAAGAGGGGAGCCAGAAGCGAAAGUAGAUAUUCAGCCUUUUGACAUGGUGGUUCAGCUUGCCCUUUCCCCAAUGGUGUCGGGAGGCCUACUUGAAGAAGACACCACGAUUACGGAACAUGCCAAGCCUGAAGAAGCCAAAGCAUCAGAAAUAACUGCCGCACCCUGUCCCGUAGCCGACAUAUCUGCGGAGACCAAAGCUUUAGUUGAAGUAGCGGAGCCUCAAGCAGAAGCCAAAACAACUGAGGAAGAGCAAGCACACACUGAAGAAGCAGCACCUGCAGCCGAAACUGCAGCUCAGGUCGAAACUAAAUCUGCUCUUGAGGUUACUGCUCCGGAAGAAAGAGGGGAGCCAGAAGCGAAAGCAGAUAUUCAGGCGCCUGAAAUUGUGGAUAAGCUUGCGCUUCACCCAAUGGUGUCGGGAAGCCUACUUGAACAAGACACCACGAUUACGGAACAUGCCAAGCCUGAGGAAGCCCAAGCGGCAGAAUUUACAGUUGCAGCACCUUGUCCCGUAGCCGAGAUAUCUGAGACUAAAGCUAUAGUUGAAGUAUCGGAGCCUCAAACAGAACCCAAAGUGCCUGAGGAAAUUCAAGGACACACUGAAGAAGCAGCUCCAGCAGCCGAAAUUGCACCUAAGGUCGAAACUAAACCUGCUGUUGAGCCUACACCUAUAGAAGAAAGAGUAGAGCCCAAAGCCGAUAUUCAGCCAUCUGAAAUUGUGGAUAAGCUCGAACUUCACCCAAUGGUGACGGGAGGCCAGCUUCAAGAAGACAGCACGAUAACGGAACUUGCCAAGCCUGAAGAAGCCAAAGCAUCAACAGAAAUGCCAGUUGCUGCACCUUGUCCCGUAACCGAGAUAUCUGAGACCAAAGCUUUAGAUGAUGUAGCGGAAACCCAUGGAGAAGCCAAAGUGGCAGAGGAAAUUCAAGCAGCUCAAGCACCCGAAACUGCAGCUCAGGUCGAAAUUAAACCUGAUGUUGAGGUUCCCCCUGCAGAAGAAAAAGGGGAGCCAGAAGCUCAAGCCGAUAUUGUGCCACCUGAAAUUCUGGAUAAGCUUCCCCUUCACCCUAUGGUGACGGGAGGCCUACUUGAAGAAGACACCACGAUUACGGAACAUGGCAGGCCUGAAGAAGCCAAGGUAUCAACAGAGAUGCCAGCUCCAGCACCUUAUUCCGAAGCAGAGAUAACUGAAACCAAAGCUUUAGGUGAAGCAGCGAAACCCGAAGCAGAAGCCAAAACGGCAGAUGAAAUUCCAGCACACAUUGAAGAAGGAGCUCCUGCAGCCGAAACUGCAGCUAAGAUCGAAACUACACCUGUUGUGGAGGUUACUGCUGCAGAAGAAAGAGGGGAGCCAGAAGCGAAAGUAGAUAUUCAGCCUAUUGACAUUGUGGUUCAGCUUGCCCUUUCCCCAAUGGUGUCGGGAGGCCUACUUGAAGAAGACACCACGAUUACGGAACAUGCCAAGCCUGAAGAAGCCAAAGCAUCAGAAAUAACUGCCGCACCCUGUCCCGUAGCCGACAUAUCUGCGGAGACCAAAGCUUUAGUUGAAGUAGCGGAGCCUCAAGCAGAAGCCAAAACAACUGAGGAAGAGCAAGCACACACUGAAGAAGCAGCACCUGCAGCCGAAACUGCAGCUCAGGUCGAAACUAAAUCUGCUCUUGAGGUUACUGCUCCGGAAGAAAGAGGGGAGCCAGAAGCGAAAGCAGAUAUUCAGGCGCCUGAAAUUGUGGAUAAGCUUGCGCUUCACCCAAUGGUGUCGGGAAGCCUACUUGAACAAGACACCACGAUUACGGAACAUGCCAAGCCUGAAGAAGCCCAAGCGGCAGAAUUUACAGUUGCAGCACCUUGUCCCGUAGCCGAGAUAUCUGAGACUAAAGCUAUAGUUGAAGUAUCGGAGCCUCAAACAGAACCCAAAGUGCCUGAGGAAAUUCAAGGACAGACUGAAGAAGCAGCUCCAGCAGCCGAAAUUGCACCUCAGGUCGAAACUAAACCUGCUGUUGAGCCUACUCCUAUAGAAGAAAGAGUAGAGCCCAAAGCCGAUAUUCAGCCUUCUGAAAUUGUGGAUAAGCUCGACCUUCACCCAAUGGUGACGGGAGGCCAGCUUCAAGAAGACAGCACGAUAACGGAACUUGCCAAGCCUGAAGAAGCCAAAGCAUCAACAGAAAUGCCAGUUGCUGCACCUUGUCCCGUAACCGAGAUAUCUGAGACCAAAGCUUUAGAUGAAGUAGCGGAACCCCAUGGAGAAGCCAAAGUGGCAGAGGAAAUUCAAGCAGCUCAAGCACCCGAAAAUGCAGCGCAGAUCGAAAUUAAACCUGAUGUUGAGGUUCCCCCUGCAGAAGAAAAAGGGGAGCCAGAAGCUCAAGCCGAUAUUGUGCCACCUGAAAUUGUGGAUAAGCUUCCCCUUCACCCUAUGGUGACGGGAGGCCUACUUGAAGAAGACACCAUGAUUACGGAACAUGGCAGGCCUGAAGAAGCCACAGUGAAGCAGCGGAACCUGAAGCUGAAGCCAAAACGGCAGAUGAAAUUCCAGCACACAUUGAAGAAGCAGCUCCUGCAGCCGAAACUGCAGCUAAGAUCGAAACUACACCUGUUGUGGAGGUUACUGCUGCAGAAGAAAGAGGGGAGCCAGAAGCGAAACCAGAUAUUCAGGCGUCUGAAAUUGUGGAUAAGCUUGCCCUUCACCCAAUGGUGUCGAGAAGCCUACGAACAAGACACCAUGAUUACGGAACAUGCCAAGCCUGAAGAAGCCCAAGCGGCAGAAUUUACAGUUCCAGCACCUUGUCCCGUAGCCGAGAUAUCUGAGACCAAAGCUAUAGUUGAAGUAUCGGAACCUCAAACAGAACCCAAAGUGCCUGAGGAAAUUGAAGCACACACUGAAGAAGCAGCUCCAGCAGCCGAAAUUGCACCUCAGGUCGAAACUAAACCUGCUGUUGAGCCUUCUCCUAUAGAAGAAAGAGUAGAGCCCAAAGCCGAUGUUAAGCCAUCUGAAAUUGUGGAUAAGCUUGACCUUCACCCAAUGGUGACGGGAGGCCAACUUCAAGAAGACACCACGAUAACGGAACUUGUCAAGCCUGAAGAAGCCAAAGCAUCAACAGAAAUGCCAGUUGCUGCACCUUGUCCCGUAACCGAGAUAUCUGAGACCAAAGCUUUGGAUGAAGUAGCGGAACCCCAUGGAGAAGCCAAAGUGGCUGAGGAAAUUCAAGCAGCUCAAGCACCCGACACUGCAGCUCAGGUCGAAACUAAACCUGCUGUUGAGGUUCCCGCUGCAGAAGAUAAAGGGGAGCCAGAAGCUCAAGCCGAUAUUGUGCCACCUGAAAUUGUGGAUAAGCUUCCCCUUCACCCUAUGGUGACGGGAGGUCUACUUGAAGAAGACACCAUGAUUACGGAACAUGGCAGGCCUGAAGAAAUGCCAGCUCCCGCAACUUAUUCAGAAACCGAGAUAACUAAACCCAAAGCUGUAGGUGAAGCAGCGGAACCUGAAGCAGAAGCCAAAACGGCAGAGGAAAUUUCAGCACAUAUUCAAGAAGCAGCUCCUGCAGCUGAAACUGCAGCUAAGAUCGAAACUACACCUGUUGUGGCGGUUACUGCUGCAGAAGAAAGAGAGGAGCCAGAAGCGAAAGCAGAUAUUCAGCUGUUUGGAAUUGUGGAUCAGCCUGCCCUUUCCCCAGCGGUGUCGGGAGGCCUACUUCAAGAAGACACCAUGAUUACGGAACAUGCCAAGCCUGAAGAAGCCAAAUCAUCAGAAAUAACAACUGCCGCACCUUGUCGCAUAGACGACAUAUCUGCGGAGACCAAAGCUUUAGUUGAAGUAGUGGAGCCUGAAGCAGAAGUCAAAACAACUGAGGAAAAGCAAGCACACACUGAAGAAGCAGCACCUGCAGCCGAAACUACAGCUCAGGUCGAUACUAAACCUGCUGUUGAGGUUCCUGCUGCAGAAGCAAAAGGGGAGCCAGAAGCUCAAGCCGAUAUUGUGCCACCUGAAAUUGUGGAUAAGCUUCCCCUUCACCCUAUGGUGGCGGGAGGCCUACAUGAAGAAGACACCACGAUUACGGAACAUGGCAGGCCUGAAGAAGCCACGGUAUCAACAGAAAUGCCAGCUCCCGCACCUUGUUCCGAAGCAGAGAUAACUGAAACCAAAGCUUUAGGUGAAGCAGCGAAACCCGAAGCAGAAGCCAGAACGGCAGAUGAAAUUCCAGCACACAUUGAAGAAGCAGCUCCUGCAGCCGAAACUGCAGCUAAGAUCGAAACUACACCUGUUGUGGAGGUUACUGCUGCAGAAGAAAGAGGGGAGCCAGAAGCGAAAGCUGAUAUUCAGCCUUUUGAAAUUGUGGCUCAGCUUGCCCUUUCCCCAAUGGUGUCGGGAGGCCUACUUGAAGAAGACACCACGAUUACGGAACAUGCCAAGCCUGAAGAAGCCAAAGCAUCAGAAAUAACAACUGCCGCACCUUGUCCCGUAGCCGACAUAUCUGCGGAGACCAAAGCUAUAGUUGAAGUAGCGGAGCCUCAAGCAGAAGCUAAAACAACUGAGGAAGAGCAAGCACACACUGAAGAAGCAGCACCUGCAGCCGAAACUGCAGCUCAGGUCGAAACUAAACCUGCUCUUGAGGUUACUGCUCCGGAAGAAAGAGGGGAGCCAGAAGCGAAAGCAGAUAUUCAGGCUGCUGAAAUUGUGGAUAAGCUUGCGCUUCAUCCAAUGGUGUCGGGAAGCCUACUUGAACAAGACACCACGAUUACGGAACAUGCCAAGCCUGGAGAAGCCCAAGCGGCAAAAUUUACAGUUCCAGCACCUUGUCCCGUAGCCGAGAUAUCUGAGACCAAAGCUAUAGUUGAAGUAUCGGAGCCUCAAACAGAACCCAAAGUGCCUGAGGAAAUUCAAGCACACACUGAAGAAGCAGCUCCAGCAGCCGAAAUUGCACCUCAGGUCGAAACUAAACCUGCUUUUGAGCCUACUGCUAUAGAAGAAAGAGUAGAGCCCAAAGCCGAUAUUCAGCCAUCUGAAAUUGUGGAUAAGCUCGACCUUCACCCAAUGGUGACGGGAGGCCAACUUCAAGAAGACAGCACGAUAACGGAACUUGCCAAGCCUGAAGAAGCCAAAGCAUCAACAGAAAUGCCAGUUGCUGCACCUUGUCCGGUAACCGAGAUAUCUGAGACCAAAGCUUUAGAUGAAGUAGCGGAACCCCAUGGAGAAGCCAAAGUGGCUGAGGAAAUUCAAGCAGCUCAAGCACCCGAAACUGCAGCUCAGGUCGAAAUUAAACCUGCUGUUGAGGUUCCCCCUGCAGAAGAAAAAGGGGAGCCAGAAGCUCAAGCCGAUAUUGUGCCACCUGAAAUUGUGGAUAAGCUUCCCCUUCAGCCUAUGGUGACGGGAGGCCUACUUGAAGAAGACACCAUGAUUACGGAACAUGGCAGGCUUGAAGAAGUCACGGUAUCAAUAGAAACGCCAGCUCGCGCACCUUAUUCAGAAACCGAGAUAACUGAAACCAAAGCUGUAGGUGAAGCAGCGGAACCUGAAGCUGAAGCCAAAACGGCAGAUGAAAUUCCAGCACACAUUGAAGAAGCAGCUCCUGCAGCCGAAACUGCAGCUAAGAUCGAAACUACACCUGUUGUGGAGGUUACUGCUGCAGAAAAAAGAGGGGAGCCAGAAGCGAAAGCAGAUAUUCAGCCUUUCGAAAUUGUGGUUCAGCUUGCCCUUUCCCCAAUGGUGUCGGGAGGCCUACUUGAAGAAGACACCACGAUUACGGAACAUGCCAAGCCUGAAGAAGCCAAAGCAUCAGAAAUAACAACUGCCGCACCUUGUCCCGUAGCCGACAUAUCUGCGGAGACCAAAGCUUUAGUUGAAGUAGCGGAGCCUCAAGCAGAAGCCAAAACAACUGAGGAAGAGCAAGCACACACUGAAGAAGCAGCACCUGCAGCCGAAACUGCAGCUCAGGUCGAAACUAAACCUGCUCUUGAGGUUACUGCUCCGGAAGAAAGAGGGGAGCCAGAAGCGAAAGCAGAUAUUCAGGCGCCUGAAAUUGUGGAUAAGCUCGACCUUCACCCAAUAGUGACGGGAGGCCAACUUCAAGAAGACACCACGAUUACGGAACAUGCCAAGCCUAAAGAAGCCACGGCAUCAACAGAAAUGCCAGCUCCCGCACCGUGUUCCGAAGCCGAGAUAACUGAAACCAAAGCUUUAGGUGAAGCAGCGGAACCUGAAGCAGAAGCCAAAAUGGCAGAGGAAAUUCCAGCACACAUUGAACAAGCAGCUCCUGCAGCCGAAACUGCAGCUCAGGUCGAAACUAAACCUGUUGUGGAGGUUACUGCUGCAGAAGAAAGAGGGGAGCCAGAAGCGGAAGCGGAUAUUCAGCCGCCUGAAAUCGUGGAUCAGCUUGCCCUUUCCCCAAUCGUGUCGGGAGGCCUACUUGAAGAAGAUAUCACGAUUAUGGAACAUGCCAAGCCUGAAGAAGCCAAAGCAUCAGAAAUAACAGCUGCCACACUUUGUCCCGCCGCCGAGAUAUCUGAGACAAAAACUUUAAGUGAACUAGCAGAACCGCAAGGAGGAGGCAAAGAAUCUCAGGAAAUUCAGGCACACUCUGAAGAAGCAGCUCCAGCAGCCAAAAUUUCACCUCAAGUCGAAGCUAAACUUCUUGUUGAGGUUACUGCUGCGGAAGAAAGAGGUGAGCCGGAAACCAAAGCAGAUGUUCAGCAACCUGAAUUCCUGGAUAAGCAUCCGCUUAACCCAAUUGUAACGGGAGGCCCACUUGAAGAAGACAGCACGAUUACGGAACAUGCCAAGCCUGAGGAAGCCAAAGCAUCCACAGAAAUGCCAGCUCCCGCACCUUGUUCCGAAGCCGAGAUAACGGAAACCAAAGCUUUAGGUGAAGCAGCGGAAGCCGAAGCAGAAGCGAAAACGGCAGAUGAAAUUCCAGCACACACUGAAGAAGCAGCACCUGCAGCCGAAACUGCAGCUCAGGUCGAAACUAAACCAGCUGUUGAGGUUACUGCUCCUGAAGAAAGAGGGGAGCCAGAAGCGAAAGCAGAUAUUCAGGCGCCUGAAAUUGUGGAUAAGCUUGCCCUUCACCCAAUUGUGCCAGGAAGCCUACUUGAACAAGACACUACGAUUACGGAACAUGACAAGCCUGAAGAAGCCAAAGUGUCAGAAGUUACAGUUGCAGCACCUUGUCCCGUAGCCGAGAUAUCUGAGACCAAAGCUACUGUUGAAGUAGCUGAACCUCAAGCAGAACCGAAAGCGGCUGAGGAAAUUCAGGCACACACUGAAGAAGCAGCUCCAGCAGCCGAAAUUGCACCUGAAGUCGAAACUAAACCUCCUGUUGAGGUUAUUGCUGCUGAAGAAAACGGUGAGCGGGAAACCAAAGCAGAUGUUCUGCAACCUGAAUUUAUGGGUAAGCUUCCUCUUCACCCAAUUGUAAUGGGAGGCCUACUUGAAGAAGACAGCACGAUUAUGGAACAUGCCAAGCCUGAAGAAGCCAAACCAUCCAAAGAAAUGCCAGUUGCCACACUUUCUACCGUAGCCGAGAUAUCUGAUAGCAAAGCUGUAAUUGAAGUAAUGGAACCUCAAGCAGAAGCCAAAGUGGCUGAGGAAACUGAAGUGCAGACUGAAGAAGCAGCUCUAGCAGUUGAAAUUGCAGGUCAGGUCGAAACUAAAGCUGCUGUUGAGGCUACAGCUGUAGAAGAAAAAGGAGAGCCAAAAGCUGAAGCCGAUAUUCAACCACCUGAAAUUGUGGAUAACCUUCCCCUUCACCCUAUGGUGACGGGAGGCAUACUUGAAGACACCACGAUUACGGAACAUGCCAAGCCUGAAGAAGCCACAGGAUCAACGGAAAUGCUAGUUGCCGCACCUUGUCCCAUAGUCGAGAUAUCUGAGACCAAAGCUUUAGUUGAAGAAGCGGAACCUCAAGCAGAAGCGAAAAAGGCUGAGGAAAUUCAAGGACAGCCUGAAGAAGUAGCUCCAGCAGCCGAAAUUGCAGCUCAUUUCGAAACUAAACUUGCUGUGGACGCUGCUGCUGCUGAAGAAAGAGGUGGACUGGAAGCUAAAGCAGAUAUUCAGCCACCUGAAAUUACGGAUGAGCUCCUCCUUCACCCAAUGGUGACGGGAGGGCUACUUGAAGGAGACAGCACGAUCGCGGAACAAGUGAAGCCUGAAGAAACCAAAGCAACAGGGGAAGGGCCAGUGGCUGGGCCUUAUCCCUUAGCCGAUAUAUCUGGGGAGACCAAAGUUUUAGUGGAAGUAGCUGAACCUCAAAGUGAAUCUAAAAUGACCGAGGAAACUCAGGCACACACUGAAGUAGGGCCAGUAGCAGAAAGUGCAGCUCGGGUUGAAAUUGAACCUCUUGUUGAGGCUACUGCUGCAAAAGAAAAAGGUGAGCCUGAAGCCAAAGGAGAUAUUCAAGCAUCUGAUUUUACGGAUGAGCUUUCCCUUCACCCAAGGGCAACGGGAGGGUUAUUUGAAAGGGACAGCAGGAUUACAGAAGUUGUGAAAUCUGAAGAAACCAAACCAACAGCGGAGGAGCCAGUGGCGAGCCCUUGUCCUGUCGAAAGAACUGUCUUGGAGGAGCAAGCGCUUGCUUCUAGUGUAGCUCAAGCUUUUGGUGGUCCUUCUGUUGUGCUUUGUGCGUCAGGUGUUGACGUAUCGGGGGUUCUUGCUGAAAAACUAGCACCGAUAUCUCUCGCAAAAGACCUUCCUUCCUCUUCGACCAAAGAUGUAAGCGAUGGUGAGAGCAAAAUUGAGCCAGGAGACAUCCGCGCGGCGGAAUUGUCUCCCGCCCCUCUUCACAAAUCUGAAUCCCUCGACGAAAUUGAACGGCAAGCCAAAGCUGUGUUUAGUACAGAUGCUGCUGGGGCUACACAUUUUGCAUUUAGUGUUAGAAAGCCUUCCCUGACUGACACUUGCUCACAGACUCAGCUCCCCGCGUCUUCUCUCAAGCGCCGUCUGUCGUGGACGUCUGCUCAAAAUGCCGGUAAAACACCGAUAGCAGACGAAGUAAAAACACUCUACAUAGAUGCGGGUGUUCUUUUUGGCGGCCCACAGUACGAUGCAGACCAGAUCUCUCUAGACCGCGCAUCUACGUCCUCAGAGGCCCCCGCUGAUAUAACGGAGCCCCCUAAAAAUUUUCCUGUGAGAGCUCAAAAUGCUUUGGAACUUGAGUUGGGUUUUGUGCCUACUACAGAUAAUGAUGGGGCCACAGGUCAGAGCGGCCGCUCACAGCCGUCGUCUACGCCAGUCGGACAGUGUUUGCCUAAUAGGGAAAGUGGUGUGCCGCCUCCUAUAUUGUCUGAGAAAAAUAAUUCAUCUGAAGUACAGCCGUCGGAUAGUACGAAGGAAGCUCGCCCAUCUGAACUCGAAGAGCCCUUCAAAGGAAGUGAAGACGGUGGCGGUUCCCCAGCGAAAGGAAGAAAAGCAACGUCGGAAGAAACCGAAGACCUGCCCCAUCGAAUUCGUGAGCAAGUUGGCAACGAAGAACUAUUGCGUUCAGCUGCCCCCUGUGUUCUGGAUUUGACUGGCAAUGCGCUCGUAAAGGGUACGAGCUAUUCUGGUGUGAAUCUACCUGAAGUCUCUUCAAAUUUGAUUCAAGGGAAGCAAGCAGGAUGUCUGCUUAGCCCGCUAACUAGUGAAUACGAAAAGCAGCUCGUGGAUAUUGUGCGAAGCGAAAUAACAGAAAAAACUGAGCCACCUAUCCGCAAUCAUCAUGAACACACAACUGAAAACGCUCUUUCAGUAGAACAUGAGCUGCCUGAUGUAGUAGAGCAGCAAUCAGUGAAAGACGCUUCAGCAGAAGUCACGGAGUCCACGACAAUGCCGGUGCUAGUUGAGCUAGUGGCCAUGGACAAUGCCUCUGCAAAUCCUAAUAUUCUAGAGUACCAUGGAGAAGUCACUGAGAGAGAAACUGCACAUGACAGGAAAUUCGAUGAAACAGUAACUCCAUCUUCAGUACCAGAAGACGUUAUGUAUACUCAUUCUCACGUGGAACAGGACUUGUCUGGGUUGAAACCACGUCUUAGUGAAAGAGAAGUCCCAAGAGAAGUUGAAAUUGAACUCACGGCAAACACCGGGCAGCCACAUGCAGCGAAUGAUGCAGUGGCUCCCAGUCAUGAUGUAAUGCAAUAUGAAGGUAAGCUGGUUGAGAGAGAAACUGAAAGAACUCGUCCUUACACAACAGAAGCAUCCCCACUCUUUACGGAACCUAUGCCAAAAGCAGGCGUUGGAGUGGAUGUUUCGGUAAUUGCAGCACAGGUGGACGCUGUGCCAAUAAUAAAGGCUAGUGUUUCUUCGAACACAGAGCUUGUGAAAUACCACGAGCAACAAGUGGAGAAUGGAGUACCCAACGAAGAAGAAAUAGGUGCUGAUAAAUCAGAUGUUAUAACCGCAGAACGUACAGAUAAAACAGCAGUGGAAGCUGCGAUGGUGGAAGCGAAGCAUACUGAUAGGAAACCGGAAGAAAGAAUCGAGCAUAAGAAUUUAUUGGAGGAGACUACCGCGUUAAGUAAAGCGCCACUUGCUAUAAACCAAGAUCGAGAGACACAGCCUGCGCUUUCUAAUAAUUCGGAACAGCGUGAGCGUUCAUCUAGUGUGUCAACGGAUCACGAUAAGACAAUUCCACCUGCAGAAAGUGAUGAUUUUCUUCCGGAGGGAAUACCAGACCCCGUUGCCAGUUUAGUAGGAUUCUUCGAUGAGCAGGGUGCAUCGCAAAUAACUCUUCAAAACACUCAAGAUCACGGCGUAACUUCUGAUGGGUUGGAAGAAAAGGUUAACAUAAUUAAGGGCAAUGAAUCUCCAAAGAAAGAAAAAGACGUAAACGGAGCAACGAGAGAACUGGAAACGCAGUCAGCGUUCAUUAGCAACGAAGCUGCUGUGGAGGAGGUUGAAAGUUUGCGCUCGCCGCCUGCAGUCACAGAAGAGGACAAACCUUCUAAGAAUGCAAGCGCGAUUUCACUGGAACGUGCUAAGCAAGAAGGGUUCGAAGACACUGGAAAACUACGGCAGGCAGAAGACAGGAUUACCACCUAUGUCUUGUCCAGCAUAGCCGAAAGAAAGCCGUCCUCUGGAGAGCGAGACGUGGCGUCACCAAAAAAAGAAGUGGAUGAGCACAAGCCUUCUCAUUCUGGAAAAUAUGAGUCACCAGAGGGGGCCGAAGGCUCGCAGUCACCACCUGCAGUUAUAGAAGAAGAUGCACUUCCUGGGGAUCCAAGUGCAGUUUCACCAGAAAACGGCCUACGUGAUACUUACGAAGGUACUCGAAAAGUAGGGCACACGGAAGAAAAGUCUACGACAGAAGCCUUACCCAGUGCCGCCGAAACGAAGUCAUCCCCUGAAGAGAAGAACAUGACGUUGCCAAAGGCAGAAGUUGGUGAGCACAAGUCUCCUCGUUUUACGAAGGAUGAAUCAUCCGAAGGAGUUGAAGACUGGCAGUCACCUCCGGGAGUUGUGGAAGUGAAUGCAUUGCCUGACGAUGCAAGUUCAGUAUCAUCAGAACAGGGCAACCAGCAAGGCUACGAAGGUACUGGAAAAUUUCCGUGCACCGGAGAAGUAAAAUAUGUGGCUGAGGUUUUCUCGACUUAUGCCGAAACGAUGUCAUCGCCUGGAGAGAAGGAUGUGGCGAUGCCAAAGGCAGAAACGCCUGAGCACAAGCCUCCUCUUUCUGCAAAGGAUCAGUCCGUGGAAAGGGUUCAAGGCUGGCAAUCACCGCUCAUAGUUAUGGAAGAGCAGGCACUACCGGAGGAUCAAAGUGCAGCAUCACUAGACCACCCUGAACAGGAAGGUUACGAAGGCACUGGAAAAGUGAUGCACGCCGAAGAAAAACCUCUCGCCGAAGUAUUGCCUAGUCCAACCGAAGCAAUGCAAUGCACGGUAGACAAGGACAUGGCGAAUCAGAGUGCUGAAGGAGCUGAGCACAAGUCUCCUCUUUCAGAAAAGAAUCAGUCCUCGGAGGGGGCUGAAGGUUGUAAGUCACCUCCUGGAGUUAUAGAAGAGCAGGCAUUUACGCAGGGUGCAAGUUCUGUACAACUAGAACACACUAAGCAGAAAGCCUACGAAGGCACUGGAAAAGUGAUGCACACCGGGCAAGAGAAACCUAUCACCGGACUAUUUUCUAGUGCAACCGAAGCAGCGCCGUCUACUGUAGACAAGGACAUGGCAAGUCCGAGUACUGAAGUGGCUGAGCACAAACCUAAUUUUUCUGGAAAGGAUCAGUGCUCGGAGGGGGCUGAAGGCCGGCAAUCAGCGACUGAAGCUAUAGAAGAGCAGCCAGUUCCGGUGGAUGCAAGAGCAGCAGCAUCAGAACACAGCAAACAGGAAGGCUACGAAGGCACCGGAAAAGUAAUGCACACUGGAGAAGAAAAACCUAUCACCGGACUAUCUCCUAGUGCAACCGAAGCAAUGCCAUCCACUCUAGACAAAGACAUGGCAAGUUCGAGUACUGAAGUGGUUGAGCACAAGCCUCAUCUUUCUGUAAAGGCUCAGCCCUCGGAAGUGGCUGAAGGUUGGAAGUCACCUCCUGGAGUUAUAGAGGAGCAGGCACUUCCGGAGGAUGCAAGUUCUAUAUCACUAGAACAUACUAAGCAGAAAGCCUACGAAGGCACUGGAAAAGUGAUGCACAGCGGUGAAGAAAAACCUGUCACCGAAGUAUUGCCUAGUGCAACCGAAGCAAUGCAAUGCACGGCAGACAAGGACAUAGCGAAUCAGAGUGCUGAAGGGGAUGAGCACAAGUCUCCUCUUUCUGAAAAGAAUCAGUCCUCGGAGGGGGCUGAAGGUUGUAAGUCACCUCCUGGAGUUAUAGAAGAGCAGGCAUUUACUCAGGAUGCAAGCUCUGUAUCACUAGAACACAGCAAACAGGAAGACUACGAAGGCACCGGAAAAGUAAUGCACAACGAAGAAGAAAAACCCAUCACCGGAGUAUUGCCUAGUGCAACUAAAGCAAUGCCAUCCACUGUAGACAAGGACAUGGCAAGUCUGAGUACUGAAGUGGCUGAGCACACGCCUCAUCUUUCUGGAAAGGAUCCGUCCUCGGAGGGGGCUGAAGGCCGGCAGUCACUGGCUGAAGUUAUAGCAGAGCAGGCACUUCAGACGGAUGCAAGUGCGGUAUCACUGGAACACAGUAAACAGGAAGGCUACGAAAGCCCUGGAAAAGUGGUGCGCACCGGAGCAGAAAAACCUGUCACCCAAGUAUUGUCCAGUCCAACUGAAGCAAUGUCAUCCACUGUAGAGAAGGAGAUGGCAUUGCCAAGAACAGAAGUGGCUGAGCACAGGCCUCCUCUUUCUGCAAAGGAUCAAUAUUCGGGGGUUGUUGAAGGCUGGCAGUCACAGCCUAGAGUUACAGAAGGAUACAAACUUCCUAAGGAUGUAGAUGAACACGGUAAACAGGAAGGCUGCGGAGGCACUGAAAAAAUACUACACACCGAAGAAGAAAAACCUAACACCCAUGUUGCGUCCAGUGCAAACGAAGCGAAGCCAUCCCCUGGGGAGAAAGAAUUGGCGUUGCCAAGGACGGAAGUGGCUGAGCAGAAGCUUACUCUUCCUGGAAAAGAUGAGUCCUCAGAGGAGGUUGAAGGCUCGAAGUCACAGCCUGCAGUUAUAGAAGAUAACGCACUUCCUAAAGAUGGAAGCACUACUCUUGAGGGGCUUCAACUUCGAUCGUUGUCUUCCGAACAACUUGAAGGCGAAAAAGUAAUCACGGUUACAGAAAGCGUAACCUACCAGAGAAUUGUCGGUGAACUGAAAGAGCCGCAAGCACUUUCGCGACUGGUAAAGAGAAAGGCUAAAGCUAGAGAAGAUCAUGGUAGCGCCGUACCUCAUGUUCGAAGUUUUAAGUUCAGUACACCGGCUUGCACUUCAGAUUACUCUUGUAUGAUGAAUAACUUAAACACAGGAGUCGUGUUCACCACGAUAAAGUCGGCUUCAUCUUCCACUGGAACUCCACAUUGUCAAAGAGAAAAAACUGACAUCACAGAUGAAGAAGUCGUAUAUGUGAGCAGCGGCAGUAGUUCACCUGGUGGAACGCUUACUUCAAUAAAGAGGAGCUCUUCCUGCUGUCUAGUGCGAAUAGCUGAUGACGAAGGUGACGAGACCAGCGAGACGAAUGUACAGCCACGUUCUGGGUCACCCACAAGGCUGUGUUACUUGGACUUCAAGGCCAACUUCCAACAGACACAAGCCGUUCCUUUUCAAGGUGAACUGACAAGACCACCUCCUUCCUGCAAGCUAACCCAAUUUCUUGCUUCAGGUAAAUCGGGUAGAGAUGACGAAGAUAGCUGGCCUCGCCGCCCUGAUAAGGAUACGGCCGGGAAAAGCAAACAAGCUACUUCUCCUCGAGAGUCUGCGUAUCCUUUAAAUCCAACUGCACCGAGCAACAGGAGUGAAAAGGCUGAGAGCAACCCAACAGCUAGCCAACCUUUAGGCACAGAUUUCUCGCACAGCGCCACCUCUAUGCGAAGAAUUAGUCCGCCACACCAUGGCAGCGAAGUCCAGUCGCUUCUUUGCUGCAAGAUUUGUGGGCAGUCCUUUUUCCGCAGUAACCCAACGCACGCCGAAUUGUGUUCGGGCUACCACAAGGACGCAGAUGUUCCUGCUGCUACAAGCGGCGUCCCACCUUCGCCGGAGUUUCUUAAGAAGUACGUGCUCAGUGUUGUGGACGAAGACGACGUUAGCGACGUUCUGCGACAAGCAUGGAGAGAUGAAGAGACUGCAAUCCUUUCUUCUACCGUGUGGUCGCUGUACCGCUGCGUCCCCAGCUCCUUCUACGUCAUCAGGGAGCGGGAAAAGCGACCGACAUCUCGAGGUGACGUGUGCGCGUCGGCCUGUGUCAUCACGUUCGGCGACGAAGUGUCCUUCUGCGGCUUCUUCCACGUGUCCCGGGAGCGCUACAACACGGGCCUGAGCCGCAUGCUCUGGAGCCGGAUGCUGGACGCGUGCCAGGGCAAAAACAUGUGCGUCGUGAUGCCGCAGGGGCGCGCCCAACCGUUCCUCGAUCGCUACCACUUCCAUGUGUCCUACUGGGGCGACAUCGUCUACUGCCACGUCACCUUGCGCAAGGGCUCUUUCCCGGCUCCCAGUGGCGGAAGCGGGACUGGCGUGCUCGUCAGGGACUUGGACUUGAAGCGCGACGCGGAGUCCGUGAUCGAGUACGACCACGGCGUGCUCGGUUUCGACAGGAGUUACUUCCUUCGCGUCGCGCUCACCGAAGAAGAGCAGACGGUCAAGGUGGCCACGGUUACGUCCUCCGAAGGUCGCGUAGUGGUGGUCGGAUACACGGGCGUCCAGGCGGACCAGCGCGAACGGCCCGCGCUGCGCUGGCUUCUGGCGGACGGCGACGAAGCGGCGCAAGCGCUGAUGCACUCCGUGGUCGAGACGUGCCCCAAGAUCCGAGAGAAGGGAUUGGUGGGCGCCUUCUACGCGGCGUCGCACGCGGCAGGCGUCAUACUGAACAGCGUCGACAUAGAGUUCAUGGAGCCCUGGACGCUUCUCUACAACAAAAGGGAACCGUUCUUGAGAUACGAUAAGAUUGUCAGUCUCACCAGCAUCUAAACGGCGGCCGAGUCGUAUAAGUGAAGAAUAAAAUUCCUGCAGGCGCGCGCUUUAAUGAAGGGAGAUGACUGCUUGCUUCGGGAGCUUGACGCCUUCGGAGAAUGCAACAAGGAGAGCCUUACACGAAGACUGCUCGUCAUAAGAAAUCGAAUGCACCUUUUAAACGCAUUUAGGCGCUGCAGGCGUUCAUUAGUUAUUGCGCGAUUUACCGUGAAAAAGUGUUGUAAUCGUAUUGCGUAUAAGUGACGUGAACAAACAUUUAGUAUUAUAUCUGUAUGAAAUACAAUUUCCGGCGUUUUGCACGUGGUGUGAGGAAUUAGAUUAGUGCAACGCAGAUCGUAACGUAGAUUAUACCUCAGGGUUUGCGAACACGAAUCUUUCGCGUCGGAGGGCGCUUCUCUCGACCAUUCGACUACGCCGACGCGGAGUCAUCGUUAUUUAGCCGAAUUGGUGCCGUGGCUCAAAAAUUGUGAAAUGUUUUACAACUACGAAUCUGGAUGGAAA